AUGGCAUCUGAUACUUUCAACUCAACGUCGAUGGAGAACGCUCCUCUAUCGAGAGGAACUUUCCAACCAAAAAGCUACGGGCUCAGCAUCUCCGAGCUAAUCCAAAAUUUUCUUGAUAGAGAGCGAAAUUCGAGCCUCUACAAGUCUAACCUAGAGGUCCGCAUUGCCCAUGAGUGUGCAUCCCUUCAAGAGGAGCGUUGUAUCCGCACCCAACUAGAGCAGCAACUAGCCCAACUGCAGUGGACAAAAUCGCAGCUGGAGUUCGCAAACCGCAACUCACAAGAAGAGAUUGAUUUUCUUCGGAAAGAGCUUUCCCUUGAGAAAGAGAAAUCUGAGGACCUGGGAUCUCGUUUGGCAACUACUUUAACGUUGCACGAAACAUUGCAAAAGAGCAAUCUAGACGGGACAACUGUGGAGGAUAGAUCAGUCCAUGAAUUUCAGUUGUUGCUACAAAUACAAAGACAGCAAGAACUGAUAACGGAGCUUCAGAUUCUCAACCAGGCACACGAAACUACAAUCAACACCUUGCAGGCCACGUUAAAAGACGCGGUGGGAGCAUUUUCGUGCUCCUACUGCUCUGGUAGCGAUUGUUCGGGAACCGUGGUCCACACUCUGACCAAUGAUGAGAGCUUGUGCCCCCAGGACUUGAAGGACAAAGAUGUAUCACUGUCACCCAGGAACAAAGAGUCAGGCACAUGUUACUCUGUGCUCGGUAAUAUGGAGCAACAUUCACGCCAGUUCCGUCACUCGCUGUACUCCAUUGCAGAAGAAAUUACCCCCCAAGACCAUCAAAUCUUGCGCAACGGAGGAACAUCUUCCAACCUCGAGCGUCUUCCUUCUCGCUUGAAGCUGUCCAAAACCCCUUUCCAAAGUAAAACGAGACAAAUUGAAAACUUGACCUACGAAAUCGGCUACCUCAAGGCAGAGUUGUCCUGGCACACAGAGUCGAGACAAGCCCUCCUCCAGCUUCAAGAGCAGAUGUAUGAGAUGUUUCAUAGGAUGGAAGACGCUUUGGUUCAAGUCAACGCGCGCCUUCAAGAGGCUGAGCAGCGUUACUUGAAUUUCUGGGGCCUGGAUGCAUGCACCGGUGGAAAUGAAGAGAUGAUAUAA